AUGACCUGCAGCCUGCAAGCCAUGCCUAUCAUGUAUGAUGGGAACCGUAAGCUGAGACGUAGUAAAUCCAGGUGGGAUAGCUCUGAUCCCGAACGUGCUCCUCCGCCUCUGCCACUGAAUCCCCGCUCCAUGAGCCCUGUCACGCGAUCCAAUGUGUCGCCCAACGUCCAAGCUAUCGCAGCAAAGUUCACUGGAGGGCCGAGUGAGAACCAUCUCAGCUCAUACACAACAAAUCCUAUGCCACCAACCAACAAGUCAGGCUCUCCGGAACGAUCCUUGGUGAAGGGUCACUAUCAUAAGCGCAUGCAAUCUCUACAACCAUCUGACACCACGGCUGAUGCGCGGUCUGAGUUUAUGAAUUAUCUCGAGAAUCGCUCACCUGAACGGCCACUUCGAGCCACGAUUGUUGAGCCCCAGCCCAAGCAGCAGGACGUAAGCAAUGGAGCAGGCUCUCCCUCUAACCGCCCAUUUGAGCGAGACAUCCCUAGCUAUGUUUCGAAUCGUUAUCUAUCGAAACCGAUUCUCGGAGACGCCAAUCCAUCUGCAACCAUGUUAGCUCUUCAAAAUAUGCAGCUCCCUUCCGAGAUGGAUCCUCCCUCUCCAUCCAAACCUCCUAAAAUGAUUACUGCCACCGCCGAUACCUCAGGGCAUACUAUGAGCUUAAUCUCUACGCAAAUUCUCAGCCUCACUGAUAUAUGCAGCAGCUUGCAGAAAGAAAUGUCCAACUUGAGUCGACGCAGCAAAGACAACGCUACCGAUCUUGUUAGUCUGAAAGCCGCAACCAACAGCCGUGAUGAAGACAUUCGCAAGAGCCUGAAGGAUCUUUCCUCCAGUCUUGCAACAAAGUUGAUGGAUGGUGAUCUUUCAAGGUCGGAUCUCAGUGCUUUCUUGAAGCCAGAAAAUCUCCCUAACCCCGGUGAAAUGGAUAGUUCUCCAACCUCCAAGAGAAGCUACUCGCAUUCUCUCCCGCGUAUGACGAGCCCUAGUCCCUUUGCAAACUUUGACCGAGACAUAUGUGGUUCGCCUACGCCUAUCACAGACGGUUCAGCCAGUAUUGCACUCCUUGAAAAGGUGCUGCGAGAGAUGGCUACCAAGGAUGGCGAGGAGCGACUCUUGGAACUUGUCGACGAAAUAAAGACCCGCCCUUCACCAACAGCUUCCAGCAAGAAUACCGACAAGAAGAUCACCAACAUGCUCGAGGAAAUAUUGAAGGUCGUUAAAGAAGACCCCUUGAGUAGAUCUCUUAUUAUGCGAUCGAUGUCAAUGGAUCCGGAGGCCACGGUGCGCGCACUCGAUAUCCCUAAGCUGUCUAAGAAUGAUGAGGUUUUGUCUAUCCUCCGCAGUGUGAAGACAAGUGUUAUUGAAGGCGGUGGUAUGACCAAUGGUGUAAAGGCCCUCGUCCGUGAAUUACGCGGAGAGGUUCUAGGCAUGGGUCGCAACCUUGCUCGUCAAUUGGAAACUAUUGAGUCGAUUCGCUCGGAAGAUCACGAGGAAAAGAUCCAACCGCCUACUGCAGAGGAGAUAUCCGCCAUUGUCAACGAGAAUCUUGAGGAUCUACGAGAGCAGUUGGCUGCUACUAUCGACGAAAGCCGACAGCAUUCCACCGCGCUGUCCACUUUCCAAUCCAGUUUGAACAGUGCAGAAAUCUACUCAGUCGUCAAGAAAGCCCUAGAUGAGUUGGAACUCCCUCAGCCCCAGGCUGAGACUCAUGGCCCCGUCAUGGAGAAGGAGGAUAUUCUCGAGACAGUCCGUGAGGCAUGGGAGACCUACAAGCCUGAGAUCGAACUGCAGAACUUCGGCUUGGAGCGCGAUGAGAUUUUAGAUGUUCUCUCCGAGGGCCUCAAGUCCUAUCAGCCUCAACAUCAGGAGUCUUUGACAUACGAGGAAGUCUUGGCUGCUGUUCACACAGGAAUGGAAAACUUCAACCCUCCACCUAUCGAGCAGCCUCCAUCCAUAACCCGAGAUGAGAUCAUCCUCACAAUUCGCGAAUGUUUAGAAAAGUCCGAGCCUGUUUCCCGCGGCCUUGACGAGGACCAUGUCAAUCAUCUGAACACCAUGAGGGAUGAUAUUCUCAGUGCAGUAUCCGAUAAGCUGCAACCCACACCAUCGCUGGGCGAAGAACACGUCACUUAUUUCAAUUCCAUUCGUGAUGAGAUUCUGGCUGCAUUGGCUGAGAAGGAUGAGUCGUCUUCCAGAGGUGCAGAUGAGCAGAAUGUUGAUCACAUGUACUCCAUUCGUGAUGAAAUCAUGAAUGCUAUGCACGAGCAACACGAAUCUGGCGAAAAUCAUCUUACACAUCUGACGUCGAUGAAGGACGAUAUUUUGAAUGCCUUGCCCGAGAAGCUGCAGACCAUUCCGAUAUCUCUGGACGAGACUCACAUCGAUAUCUUCCAUUCUAUUCGCGAUGAGAUCCUGGGUGCUAUUGCAGAGAAACAUGGAUCUUCUUCGCGGGAUCUUGAUGAGGAUCACGUGCGUCACCUUGAUUCUCUUCGUGACGAGAUUUUGAAUGCUGUGACUGGGUCGAUGGUUAGCCAAAGUACGAUUAGCAAGGAGUCCUUCGAUUCCGGCAUCGGACGUGAUGAGAUUGUCAGUGCGAUCUCCGACGGCCUCGAGGCCCACUUCAGUACGACGAGGGACACCCAGCCUGAUGAGUCUCGUAUCUCCCGAGAUGACGUUGUGAAUGCCAUUAAUGAAGCAUUUUAUGCUCAAAAUUCUGCCCUUGUGCCGCCAAGCAUUUCUCGCGAGGAGAUCAUGAAUGCCAUUGUUGACGGAAUCGAGAUCGUCAACAGCAACAAAUCUCCAGAAACAGAGACCGCCCUCACCACAAUUCAGCCAUCUAUCUCACGCGAGGAUAUCCUGGAAGCUAUUGCUGAAGGUCUUGAGAGAUCUGGUGGAUCCGAAAAGUGCUUGACGAGCGACGUUCAACAGCCAUCCAUAACUCGCGACGAAGUGUUCAAUGCCAUUACGGAGGGCAUUGAAAGCUCACACACCAUGACACGAGAGAUUGAACUGAACAAGGACGAUCUCUUGGAGGCGAUUACAGCUGGUCUUAACGAGGCAGCCACCACUGCAAAUCUCAAUGUUGGCGAUCAAGUGCUUGAGCGUCUUCAAGACGUGGUUGAGGGUAUGAAGGAAGAAUUCAAACAGUACUCCGCCGCAAAUGGUAGGGACACUGAACAAGUCCUGGACGCGAUUAAAGAUGGCCUUGCCGUCGUCAGAAAGGAGGUCGAGUCCUAUGCCGGGGAAGUUUCAGGCGAGUCGAGCAAACUUGAAAUUAUCGACACCGUCAAGGAAGGCCUCCGACUUCUUCAAGCAGAUAUGGAAAAGACAAUUACAGAUGCGUCUUUGUCCAUUACACCCCGUGGCAACCCUGACACGCCAGAGUUGAUUGACGCCAUGGAGAGAGAAUUUGAACAUCUCCGCGGAACAAUCAGCACUCUCCUUGUCCGUGAUAACGCGGCUGGUGACAAGGACGACAUCCUGGAUGCCAUUCAUGCACUCGGUGAACAGCACAAGUCCAAUCCAAGUGAUGAUCAGAUUAUCAAUCUCAUCAAGGAGGAGUUCGAGAGUAUGCGUGAGCGUGUUGAUUCUCGUAUGGAAUUGAGCGUCGUCCGUUCCGAAGACUCAGAGGUGAAACCGACUUCCUCCGACAAAGAUGAAAUCAUCACCGCCCUUCGAGACCACUUCGAUACCCUUCGUGAAGAGACUAUGCAACACAAGGAUGGCAGUGAAAGUAUGCUGUCUACGACCAGCGAGCUACUGGACGCCUUCCACGACGGCAUUGGUACGAUUCGCGGCGAUAUUCAGAGAGUCCUGGAGAAACCCGUUGAUUUCGACAGCUCAGAAAUCAUCGAAAUUGUCAAGGGUGGCCUGGCUGAACUCAGAGAAGACAUUGAUUCUCUCCGGGGAUCCUUCCAGGAAAAAGAGCCAGAUAUUGAGACUGCCCGUGGCGAUGAGCUUAUGCUUGCUCAGGACUCCGCCAUUGGAGGAGAAUUCGAUGCUCUGAAGACUCUCAUCAGUGAGUUACAUGCGAAGGUUGAAUCUAUUGAGUCUGCCCCUCGCACAGCUGAGCCUCCAGUUCCAGAUGAGGACUCACUGAAGCGCAGCCAUCUUGACGAGCUGCUCGUGGGGCUCCAGGAAGUCCAACUUGCCAUGGGUGAGGCGAGUGCCAGCCGCGAGCCGCCCGAGGGUAUGGCCCGCAAAGAGGAUCUUGAGGUCAUCGAGACUCUCAUCAUGGAAACCAAGGCUCAGAUCGAUGAGAUGGUUAUUCCAUCCCCUGAUGUGAUUGCUACAUCUGAGCAAAUUGGUGCUCUUGAAGCAAUCGUCCGGGAGGCCAAGGAUGCCAUCGGCGACUUGUCGACUCGUUUGGAGGCCGAGGCUUCUACAAAGUCUGAUAUUAGUACCUUGGAGACCCUUCUCAAAGACGUCUGGAUUGCCCUUGAAGAGCUUAAAGGCAAGACCAAGGAGGAUGAAGAGGGAGAAGCUGAGGACACAGACAAACUACUCAAGUCCGAUCUUCAGACGGUGGAGGCUAUGGUGUUUGAAGUUAAGACUCAGAUCGACGAGUUGAAACUCCCUGACGUUGAAGUACUGCCCACUAAGGAUGAGAUCCAAGCGCUCUCAACACUUGUGAACGACUUCCGCGAGACGAUGGAAGCUAGCAAUGAGCAGACCGGUCAAGGCUUUGACGCCCGCAAGACUGAGCACGCCGGGCUGGCCGAGAAAAUCGACGAGGCAAAGUUCGUCGUCAGCGAACUCGGAGAUGAGCUGAAGAGCAAGCUUGACGGUAGCAGCGAGGGACUGACCGAGCUGAAACAAGUCCUAGAAGGCUUGGCAAUCUCAGCUGAGAGUUUUACCACCGUCGAGAGCGUCAAGGAGCUCACAGACCUCAUCAACCGUGAAUUCGAGCGCGCUCGCGGUGAAGAAAAUGCAAGCACCCUGGACAAGGAGGAGCGGGACGCCGCAGCUUUGGUCAAGCAUGAUGAGACUCGGGCUGCGAUAAUUGUCGAGCUUGGUAACAAGAUCGAUGAAAAGAUUGAAGAAGUCCUCGCGAAGUAUGAAGAUGCACACUCUGCUCUCCACUCGAAGCUCUCGGAGUCUGAGGAGCGGGACCUAGCCCACACUGAAGCUGUGACGAGCACUAAGUCCCUCGCUGAAGAUAUUCUGGCGCAUACAGAGACCAUUGCCGGUACUAAGGCUAUUGCUGAAGAGAUUCUGUCUCACGCCGAGACCAUAACAAGCACCAAGUCCCUCGCUGAAGAUAUCUUGACGCAUGCAGAGACCAUUACCGGUACCAAGGCUAUUGCUGAAGAGAUCCUGUCGCACGCCGAGGCUAUCACAAGUACUAAGUCACUCGCAGAGGACAUCAAGCUGGUAAUUGGUGCAAUGGGAGAUAAUGUCACUGAAACUUGCGAGCGCAUCAGCGAGGAAAGCAAAGCUCUUGCUGGCAAAGUUGAGGAAUCAUCCACCCGACUAGAAGAGAUGCACAGUGAUAUCAAGUCUCACCAACAGCAGUCUCUAGGCGAGAGCGAGCGAGCUGUUGCAGCCACUGAACGUGUGGAGGCCAAGCUGCUUGAGUUCAACCCUCAAAUCCUGGAGACCGUCCAAGAAAUCUUGACACUCGUGGGCCAGCACUAUGACCACUCGCAGAAGUCAGCAGAAGAGGUUAGAACCGAGCUGUCUGCCCUGCCGUCCUCCCUUCCUAGUAUGUUCCCUGCGCUGAUGCCUCCCCCUGAUGAGUCUGCUCGAGACAUUGGGGACGACCCUGUACACUCGAAGCUGGAUACUCUUCUGGAUCAUGUCAAGAGCAGUCAAAUUCAGGAAGUCCUCAAUACGCUUCUUGAACACUCAAAGAAUGAUCAACUCCAUGAGAAACUUGAUCGGGCCUUGGAACAGGGAUCCGAAUCUGGCAAUCAGAUCUAUGAGAGAUUGGAUCAAAUUCUUGAACAUGCAACCAAUGGUAGUGGGUCGGUCAAUGAAAAGCUUGACCAGCUCCUCAGCCGGCCGACGCAAACCAUUGACCCCGAGCAAUCAGUUACUCAAAUGAUGAAGCUUGACGAGAUGCACAAGGACAUCAUGGAGAACUCUCGCAAAAUGAAUGAAAUGUUUGCGACUCAAUCGACGCUUAUCGCCGAAGACACUAAGCGUAAGCAGCAAGAGGCCGAGGAUGCUGCCGUUGCUUUGGAACGGAGAGUUGCGCAGCGUGAGCAGGUCGAAGCCGAGAUUGUCGAUCUACACGAGGAAAAAGAUUCUCUUCUGAAGAUGCUCCACACCCUCCAGACCGAGAGGGAUGAUCUUGUGAAGCAUAACACUAAGCUCACCAAAGAGGUUUCUGGUCUAGAAACCGCCCUUGAGAUACGCCACCAGGAAAUGCAGCAGAUGGAGGAUCGUGCCGAUAGUCUUGAGAAGCGCAUUCUUGAGGGUGUUCUCGACCAUGCCCGCACUGUUCUACUAAGCCGAACUAACGGCGUCCAUGCUAUGAACUUGAAGAGAAACCGAAGCACUCGCAGCUCACGCAGUGCUCGAAGCCGCAGCCCCAGUGUUCUCAGUACCGUCAGCACCAUGCGAGAUUCCAGGGACAGUCGUAGCAUCCUCGGUAACGGUGUUGGCAUGGCCCUCAAGCGUCGUACACCGACUGUUCUGCAAACAGGACCCACUGCUGUCCAGCCGAACAUUGGCAAAGAACGUCGUAUUCUUAGUUUGAGCAACGUAUCCGACCACCCCAGCAGCGGCAUUACGAACCUCAAGCGCAGCCACUCCGUGAAAUCCAACUUCUCUCUCCGCAAGGCCUCAUGGGCCGGCCGAAGCUCCGUUUCAAACAAGGAGAAUGAGGCGUUCCCGGAAGAGGACGAGCUUGAUAGCGAGGUUGAGAGUGAUGCUGGUACAGAACGCCGGACCAGCUAUGCGGGUACUGAGCGGAAGUCAAGCUACGCCGGUACUGAGCGAAAAGCUAGCUACGCUGAAACUUACACAGACAGUGAUUUGAAUGCCGUUACUGACAGUGUCGUUUCAGAUGAUCGUCGCACCAGUGUUGUGAGUGCCACGAGUGCUACAAGUGUUACUACGGAUGGACAUGAUGCUGUAGACAGCUCUAUUGUAAGCUCUCUGGCUGAUGAAGAUCAUGUGUCGGAUGAGUUGGAGUCUGAUCUGUCGGAUGACGAUGCUCAGACAGCCCGUGAGGAUGAUGAAGAGGAGGAGGAAUCAGAGGAGGGAACACAGGAGGAGGAAGCAGAGGAAGGAACACAGGAGGAGACAGAGGAGAGCGAUGGAGAGGAGCAAACUCAUGACGAGGAUGCCCUGGACAGGCACAUGGCCGAGACUGCCUCGGCUAUGGAAGAAGAUGUUCAAAAGCUGCUCGGCUCGCCUCCUGAUGAGUUUUCUGCCGACAUGGUUGUCGCGUGA